AUGUCGACACCAGUCAAACUUAUCUGGGGUGCUGCCCAGCUCUCUCCUCAUCCAGAAACUGGAGAAGUCACCCACGUUCAUGAAACCCUUGAUCUCCUUCGUAGUCUUGGUAUUGAAGACCUCGAUACCGCUCAAAUCUAUGGCGAUGCUGAGGAAACCCUUGGGAAGGCUAAGGUUGCGGAUAAGAAAUUUAUUAUCUCUACCAAGCAAGGUGGUGGGUUUAAACCUGGUUCUGGCACCAAGGAAGGUGUACUAGAGCAUGGUGCCUAUGCAAGUGAGAAGUUGGGACCUAUUGAUAUCUAUUAUCUCCAUGCCCCGGACAGCUCUAUUCCAUUGGAAGAUACUCUUGAAGGUAUCCAAAAGCUCUAUGAAAAAGGUACAUUCAAGCGUUUCGGUCUAUCGAACUACCUCCCAGACGACAUCCAAAAGGUCUACGACAUCACCUCGUCAAAGGGUUGGGUCAAACCUACCGUUUUCCAAGGGAACUACAACCCCUUCGCUCGAGCCCAAGAAUCCACUACAUUUCCUCUCCUCCGCAAAUUGGGAAUUUCAUUUUACGCCUAUUCCCCACUAGCCGGUGGACUACUAGCCAAAACCAAGGAACAACUUGCUGCUGCUGCCGGCAGAUGGACUCCGGGUACCCCGCUCGGUGAUAUCUACCGAGCUUUGUACGACAAGGAGGAGCUGAGAAGUGCUCUUGAUGACUGGGAACAGGUUGCAAAGAAGGAAGAAAUCUCAUUAGCUGAGUUGGGGUAUAGAUGGGCUAGAUACCAUAGCAGCUUAGAGUCACAAUAUGGUGAUGGUGUUAUUUUCGGAGCAUAUGACGAGGCAAGGAUUAAGCAGACUAUUGGAUGGUUGAAUAAUGGCCCAUUGAGUGAAGAGGCAGUGAAAGGGAUUGAUGCCAUCUGGGAAAAGAUUAAGGAUGUUGCCCCGGUGGACAACUACAACAGCUUGCCUCGAAAACCCUAA